UAUUCUACGAAUCGUACAAUUUACGGCGAAUCGGAGCAUCGAAAACACACCAACGCACACACUGUUCAGUGAAAUUGCACAUCUUAACAAGACUGCACGCGCUGAACUUACCGUCGUGAACAGAAACGCAAUAGAGCGUAAAUCAGAAGUUUGCCGUGAAAAAGUCGUCCCUUUCUCUCUCUCUCUCUCUCUCUCUCUUGCUCACCUCGCGCCGCCUGCCGGCCGUGUAUUGCGCGUCUCCUGUGUGAUAGAAUCUCCACCAUUAUUGCGGCACCCCGCGCCAUUGGCGAAGAGAAAAAGCACGGCACCUAACAGUAUCCAUUAUUUUCGUCAUUUUGCUUGUGUCAAUCUCGAUCUGUGAUCAAUUAUAGCGCGUUCAUUCUUCCACUGGUGUUUGCUGUUUUCUGCUCUGCCGCCUCGGUGCCUAUCUCUGCUGUGUUCCUCUCCUAGUGUCCUAGUGUUUAAAGUAAUUCGUGUAUAUAGAGCUGUUUGUGUGCGUGAAUUUGUGCGUGUGCUUCUUGAGCAACGAUAGCGAGUCGUCGUGUGUGGCGCAGCGGCGGUGACGUUCCGAGUGUCAGCUACUGUUGUGUGUGUGUUUCGGUGCUUAAAACCCCGGAAGGACACUCUUAGGAAUAUUCCCCGGUACAGCCAGCAAAAUCAAGUGUGGUAAAAUUCCAUCAUCAGUACCACCAACACCACCACCAUCACGAAACCAAAUCCAACCUUCGCGCGCAGGAAGGAACUCUGGAUUUGAUCGAACUCCAUCCGUCCGUACGAAAAUUGGACACUCUGUCUAUGAUGGCUCUCAACAUUGCUGUGCCGAUGUCGGGCGUAGGUGACCUCCUGGAAGGAUUCGGACUGCUUUCGCCGAUUUCUCCCGUGAGCAUCGACUUUCGCAGCAGCAUCAAGAACCCGCUGUCACCAGUUGGUAGCGAAUCCAGCGGCGUAAGUUCGUUGGAUUUGGAAGAUAUCAAGAAACAAAUGCCUUCAUCGCCCACGUUACUCGACGACAACGAGGAAGAAGGAACUUCAUCGUCCGGCCGCCCGGAAAAGUCCUCUUCCAACUCGUCGUCCCUGUCCGCCGGCUCGACCAUAUCGACGACCUCUUCCAGAACCUGUUCCACCUCUUCCUCUUCCUCCUCUUCAUCGUCGUCGUCUACGGCUUCCGAUGACGAAACGAACCAAUUGGACGAAAAAUUACCCGAAAAUGCGAAUGAGAACGACGGCUGCGGUGGUGGCGAUGCUGGUGCCUCGAUACUGUCUGCUUCUGCAACAGCUUCACCAGGAGCAGCGGGUGGAAAAGAAUCGGACGAGCCGCCUACUUCUGCCCCCAUCGAUGACGCGGACGCUCUGCUAGCAAAGUCGUCCGAGCUGCUGAGCCUAACGAAGGAGGAGCCCCUCGACCAGCUGCUGUUCCUGUCCCCGAAGCCCACGAAGGAGCCCAUCUACAGCUUGCCGCGCCAGUCCAUCUACUACAACAACCGCGACAUUCUCGACCUCGGGAGCAAUCUGCGGGCGCAGGGCGGUGGUGGUGGCGGUGGGCUAUCCGGUGAAUUCGCAUUCCAGUAUGCCGUACUGCCGGAUACGAACAACAUUCAGUUCUUUCUGCAAAAUCGCUCCCAGUACCAUCGGCUCGGCCCGAACGGCCACGUGCAGGAGUUCCGCAUGGCCACGUGCGCGUGCUGCGACUUCAAAUAUCCGGUCAACACGGUCGGAGCGAACGCCACGGCCGCUCCGGUGAACCAGAGCUGUGCCACCCUGAACCUGUCCAAUCUGAACGCCAACCAGAUCUACGGCAAUCUGCAGCAGCAGCAGCAGCAGCAACAGCAGCAGCAAAUACAGCUGCAACAACAGCAGCGGCUGCGAUGCAUGCAGUAUCAACAGCAGCAAUACAACUACCGUGCCAGUGCCGGCGUUGGUAACAGUAACAACAGUAUGGGUCGCGAUUACAACAUGUACCAGUCUGGCAAUGGUGGUGCUGCUGCUGCAGCAGGAGGUGUAGUUCCGUCGUCUUCACGCUUCAACAAUGGCAUCUACGGAUCGGGAGCAGUGGCCGGUGCAUCCUCGCCGAAUGCACAGGGAGGAGGCGGCAUGUCGGCUGGCGGUAGCUCUGCCGGCAACGGCGGCUUCUUCAACAACGCUUUGAUGGGUCGCGAUCAGUUCAAUCCAAUGGUCUCCAUGACGAUGCAGUACAACAACCACAACAACAGCGGUGCUAAUCCCAAAGGAAUCUCGCAAUCGAACGGUGGCGCCUCUUCGCUAUCGUCUGCCGCUGCACUGCGCCAACAGCAGCAGUACGAGUUGUCCCAGCAGCAAAAGCAGCAGUACGUGAACAACUAUUCGCUGGGUGCAGGCGCUAACGCUGCCAACAAUACUGCUUCCAGUGCCGCCGUCCGCCUCCAACAGCAGCAGCAGCAGUCGCAACAGUCGAGCCAUUACUACAAGAAAAAUCAAUCCAUGCGCUAUGGAGGACCAACGGGCCUGAACGCGAACAUGAUGUCCAGUGGACCGGCCGGUUCCUCCAAUUGGAAAAACUCGAUGACCAAUAACGCAAUCCAGGAUACUGCUGCGAAGCUGUUUAUGGAACUGAACAAAAUGCAACAACAGCAGCAGCAGCAGCAACAGUCCCCCUACUACGUACCUUUCCUGUAAAGAGAUUGUCUCUGUGUAAAGCAAACGCGCGCAGGCAAGCAAAAGACAACACAAAAAACGACACAGUUUUAAAGUGUGUUUGUGGAAACGAUGAGAAUAAGAACUCAAACGAAACUCACACAAAAACACGCUGAUAAAAAUUAGCCUCAAACAAUAAUGGACCAACAAAGCAAAAGAAAAACGCAAACGAAAAAUGCAUUGAAAAAUGUGCGAAAAGAAAAGACCAAGACACACGCGGCAGCAGCAACAUCAUGAUUAUCGUCAUCAUCAUCUCGCCAUCGUUACCAAAGUUGCCAAAGCAAACAAACCCGAUUGUUUUUUUUACUAACCUUCUUUAUCUAGUUGUAAUCACACUUCCAUCUGUCACACACGAAGAUGAUCAGUAUCUCUUGUCUUGCGUAAUUAUAAAGGAAUAAUUUAAUACGAUGGAACACAAACACACACAGAGAGAUUUAUGUGAAGCCAGCUCAAAUUUCCAAUGCUCUCCCUGCAAAGCAACAUAUGCAUAUGCUGAUGGAAAAAAAAACAAACACGUUGUUAUUACAUGUCCAUCGAAGCGCCUUCCUGUUAACAAACAAAUGGUGGGUAACUGUAUUACAAAUUACGUUUUCCAGCGAAAUACGUAACACGAACAAUGACAUUCUAUACAACACCUUUACUAUUAAAAGUAAAUUUUUACUGCUACUCUAAAGAAGAAGACGAAGAAGAAAAAGAAGGUUUCGACAACGUUUACCCAAUAUUAUUGUAUUGCUUCCGAAGAAGUGAUAAGGUUACGAAUUAUCGCAGUUACGAUCCUGUAAGGAUCAGGCACAGAGAGGCAGAGAGAGAGUGCUCUAGCAUUUUUAAAUCCAUCACCGCUGGCAGCAGCAUAAGGCAGCAGCAGCAUAAUGCGAAAACCAGAUAGCUUGCGAAGCUAAUUUUCGCGCUCACCAGUGCAAAAAAAACCCCGUACAUAUGUAAUACAAGAAGAAACCCACCAGUACCAUCGAUCUUUAGCAUAAUGUGCACGAUAUUACGCCGUCUUUUGAAAAAAUGCGAAAAAAAGGAUGUGAUAUUUGAGAGGAGAGAGAGGGAGAGAGAGAGAGAGAGGUGUCAACGGGAGAAAUUAAAAAAAGGGAAAAACAACAUACCGAACAACUACAAUGACACAGUCGUCCCUCCUUUCGCACUCUCUCUCUCUCUCUCAUUGUAUAGCUUGUUGGGAAUAACUUGCCACCAGUCGGAAUCCAACAAGAAAAGAAAACACGGAUUUAGAUGCUUAACUCCGAUAGCGUGCGCGCGCGCUCGCGCCUGAGUGUUAGACACUCCUGUAUACCAAAUUCUCAUCACCUACACACGUCUUCACACCUUGUUUCGGACACAAUUCCGGUAAAGCGUUCCAGUAGUAAUAUUCGUGCAUUACCUACCACCAGCAUACGCGCACCGUUGUUACACACAUACCAACAAUAACAAACCUUCUCCAAUCGUUUGCUGUCGGCGAGAACGAUCACCGCACGGGUGUGUAUAUCGUACCGAAGCAGCCUUUGACUUCAAUGGACAGUAGCAGGCACCUACCUUUUCGACUAUAAAGUAUUCAAAGUCUUCAAAGAAUCAGCGAUACAAACACACAAGCGCGCGUGCACGUAAUUUGGUAUGUUUUAUAAAACCUGAAACCACAAACCAUCCCCUACGAAGAUCAAAUCAAUGGUUAGAGCUAGUGCUAUACGAAAAAAGAACACCGUUACGAAAUCACACAGUGAUUCCCCUCGGAUGGAUGGAACGAGAUAAAAAGUAUUGGCGAUAUUACUAUUAUUAUUAUUAUUAUUACUGGCAGAUAGUGUGAGUAGUAAUUUAAACAAGAAAACCCUACAACAAGACAAAAUUCUUCUUCUCUGCGUAAGUAUACUAAUAAGCGGGACCGUGCACGCGUCCAUAUGUCCCCUCCGAUCGAACAGUCAGCAAGCGCGAAAUGCGCAAGACACACAACAACCUUAUAAUAAUAUAGCGAAUGGCAAAUGUUACAUUUAAACAAGAUUCGAGCGAGAGCUGUACGAAAAAGCGAGUAUAGUAGAGUGUGGAUGUGGUUGUGUGUAUGUAAAUGUUGUUGUUGGAGCGUCGAUUUAGAUUAGUCAAAGGGAGAAGGGAAGAGAGUGAGAACAAGAGAGAGAAUGUGAAGAAAAUAACAGAAUUACCGAAACUUACGACAAUGCAGGAAUUAUUAUUUUUUAAUUAAUUAGUGAUUGAUGCAACAACAAAAAAAAACCCAGAAAAUGAACUAAUACCCGUUACUAUGAGCAUAGGAUUAUUAUUAUUAUUAUUAUUACUAUUAUAUAUUUACCUAGUUGUACUAUUUCGAUUAUCAGUAGUACUGUAUAAGAGCUAGCUUUACUGGCCCGUGAACAGCAACCGCGCAUCAGCCGCAAAAAAUGAAAAUAAUUGUGUGUUGUUUGCUGUUGAACUCUCUUUUAAGAGUGUUGUCGGACCGAGGACUGCGGGCGCAGGAUAACAUAGAUGGCGAUAACAGAAACAAAAUGCGUUCAAACAUUCAGCAUGACACACACACAUUAUAUAUCUCCCCUCCUCCCUUUACAUGUUUACGUACGAGACGCGAUAAACUCACUGUCAAAAAAAGAAAAGAAAAUCUUACAAUCACACACAAAAUGAUACACACGCAUGCAUCUACUCUACUAAACAAAAACAAACAAACAAAAGAAACUGGUGAUAAUUUUGACCCCAAAACGUAAAAUAUGAAUAUGAUUAUUGGAGUUUUUUAAAGCGUAAAAGAAGAGCUGCCCUCCCUUUACACAAUAAUGUUACGGAAAGGGGGGGACGCAGUUGGGUUGUAGAAUUUAAUUCAGCAGUAGUUUGUAACACUGAAAAGCAGAUAGCCAGAACUGUAGUUGUCUAUGUUUUUUUUUUAAUUCACAAAAUAGUUUUACUACCAAUCAGAAUUUGCUCGGAGGGAAAGGGGUGGGAUAGAAACGGGGGAGAGGUGUGUGUGUGUGUGGAAGGUUAUCAUCAUCAUAGUCAAACAACAUCAUCAUACCGCCAACGCCAAAUGAAUGAUAAUGAUGCUGGAGCAUUGCGAAUAGAACAGUGUGUUAGAGAUUAUUAAAUGCGAUUGAACAGCUCUCCUCCUGAUAACAAAAACAAGACAUAAAGAAAGAGGACACAGGGAAAUCAAGCAUAGCAAGAGGCAGAUGGUUGGAAAAGAGAAUAAUGUACAAAAAGAAAAAAAAAAACACCCAACACACAACACAAUAUCAGAUGCUGAUGCCGCCGCCAAAACCCCUACACACUACUAUUGAAGCCCGACCCGAUUGAUGAGAGAGAGAGAGAGGAUAGAGACAGGAUCAGUUAUAAACAUAGAUAUAUAUAUUAGCUAGCAUCCUCUGCUAUUUUAGAGUUGGUUGGUUGCUGUUUAAGUAGGGAAAAAAAAGAAAAAUGUGAUUUAUAGAUCGGAUCGGGUCAGAUAAUAAGAGCGGAAGAGGAGAGAUUCAUAGAGAAAAACACCGACUGUUUAGAAUGUGCGAAUGAUGGAUCUUAUCGUUAUCAAUGUUUUGCUCACUUCAUUAUGUUAUCUCGUUUAUCCUUUUUUAUUACUAUUAUUAUGAUUAUUAUUGUAUCGUUUAAUGAACUUGACGCGCACUUUUUACUUAUCAUAUAUACGUAUAUAUAUAGAGAGAGAGAGCGAUCCAUCCUUCCUUUUUACCAAUAUGCUAAGCAGAACUGAGAGCAAUUUGUUGUGUUAUACCACCCCCACCCUAUCGUUUGUUUGUUCGGUGUUAGCUGCUUUGCUUUUAGUGAGGAAAGCGUUUCGUUUUCGUUUAAUUUUGCUACUCCUACUCUACUCACAUCGAUAUUGAUGAACUACUACUACUACUACUACUACUCUGGGAAGGGGCCAGAGCGUUGUUUGAUUCCAGCUAAUAAAUAAAAGGGGGGUUGCAACUUGCUUGUAAGCGAGAUAGAAAGGGGAAGGGAAGAGAGGAGAAGGGCAUACAACGAGUAUAGAGAGAGAGAGAGAAACACGCACCAUGUGCUACGAACUACUAAUAGUGUAGGCAAUAAUUUAAUAAUGUAUCAAAUGCGUCUAGAGUUCAAGCUCUUUUUUGAUAGGAAUGAACGAUUUGGAUUUCAAUAUGUUUGUUGUUGUGGAUUAUAUGAAAAUGCAAUUUAUGGUAUUGUCUCCAUCCCCCCGCCCCCUGUAGUUCGAAUAUUCGUAAAAGAAGAAAUACACACAUAUCCUUCCAAGUAUAGUAGCUACAGUUUUCAAAUGGCAGCAAUUUUGCGAUCGAGUAAAAACUACUUGCUUUUUACCCCCACGAUAUAAUAGUGCCAGUGAUCGACUACCCGACAUAUAAGCAAGCACACGCAAUCAAGCGCGCACUUACGCACGAACGCACUCACUCGGUUCCCCGGUGGCAGGAAUAGCGGCAAGGCAUGAUCACCCCUUGGUAAAUGCAUCCUCUCAGGUUUUGAGUUGUUGUUGUAGCAGCACGACAGCUUUCUGUAGUAAGUAGAGCAAUCGCGGGAGAGACGUGUACAUGCCUUACAAAACCUACCUUACCCCGCUGCACAGGAUGGCGUUGUUAGGGGUUAUGAUUAAAAAAGCAGAAGAACGCGUAAAAGAAAAUAAAACUAAGACAGGGAAACGAUAGUGCCACCAAAACAGAACUGAACAAUGCAAAACAAAAAAACUGUAAAAUCAAAGCAUGUGAUAAUAAUAGUAGUGUGUAAUUGAUCAGUUGGUA